AUGCUUCCCAAUGGCACACGAUAUCGUUACUGUAGAAGUGGGUGCGAAGCAGUGUCAAAGUGUUACUCAGGUGUUAUUCCAGAGCAAUAUUUGGACCGCUGUAAUGAAUGGGUAAACGAUCAACCCAAAUAUUCUGGAUCAAGAGGAUAUGGAAUCGGUUAUAAUGAAUUCUUGUUCGUAAUUGAUUCACAAAAUGUCAGCCUCUGUCAUUCUGGGAGCACUUUGGCUUACGCAACACACUGUCGGAUGGAUUCAUUCACGGAUAGGCCAGUUGCAGGUUACGCAAAUAUGUGUCCAGGACACAUAAAGUCAGAAGCAGAAAAUAUUCGUCAAUCUAGAUCAACGAUGGAGCAUGAAUUGGCUCAUGCUUUGGGCUUCUUGCGUGAUGGCUUCAGAUACAUGCGUGACGCAAACAACAAUCCAAGAACAAGUCGUGAUCCUCAUACAGAUGAGCCAAAUGAAAUAGAUGCCAAUUUAUAUAGCAUUCCAGGUCUAUAUGAUGCUCAAUCUAAUUUAGCGACUUCUUUUCACAAAUUUAGACCGAAUGUUCUAGGCACUGUGACUCGUCAGUGGAGAUCAUACAGAAAUAUUACCAGUCGUGAAGUGACUGUGCUUAAAACACCAAUAAUGGUGAAUGAAUUAAUGACCGCUCUUUACACUCAACGUUCACACGUUUCGACAAUUCUACUUGGAUAUUUUGAAGACACCGGAGGACUAAGCUUCUAUCCAUAUUGUGAUUACCAAGAUUUUUAUAAAACUCUUUGCCUUAAAAAAGAAGCCGCCUACGGAUACUGUGAUUUGACUAGAUUCACAGACGAUUUGGAUGUUGAAUUCCAGUAUUUCGAAGAUCCGAAACUCGCACCUUCAAAGAAUUUCCUUCUUCAUGGUUAUGGAAAAGAUGCAAUUUGCAUAGAUCAUGAUAAAAGUAGAAAAUGGGAAAUUCAUCAAGACGAUAGAACCAAAGUUGAAGGUUCACCUCAGUCAACAUGUCUAAAGCUUCUCAGAGAUAGAAUAAUAAAUGAAACGCAUCUAGAAGGUAGUAAACUUAGCAAUUUGGCAGAAAACAACCUCCAGCUUUUACACAGAAUUAAGAAUCUUGAAGAAUCAUUAAAUCGCCUAAAGAACAUUCAACCCACAGAAACAACACGGUACGAAUUAGCUGGAAAUUUCAGUGGAAGCAAAAUACAUGAUAAAUAUCCCUUUGAAACACGAACGCUACGAAGUAGUGAAUACAGCCUAUAUGACAAUUUACAAACAAUUAAUUUUGAUAAACGUUUAGAAGCUAUGGAAAUGAAACUACGCAAUCUUUUGCUUGAGAAAAAUACACCAAAUUUUAUGGAUAAAUACGCUGUAAAAAUUGUUACAGAAACUUAUCAUCCAAUUACAACUAUGAAUCAGCAUUGUACAGAAUUCUGUCAAGGUGGAAAAUAUGCCAAUUCAAAAGUGAAGGAAUGUUUACACUUGGAUUUGAAUGAAUCACAAUCGUGUAGUUAUUGUUUAAAUCAAUCAGAUCGUAGUCAUCGAACAGUUCAAACACCGGAUACUUUCAAAAGAAAUUCACUUUUUGACAAAUCAAUUCAAACAACAUUAACAACAAAUAAUGUCGUCAUGAAUUCAAGAUGUUAUAAUACAGCAACAAAUUAUAUGGAUGAAAAUCAAAAUGGCGCCAGUUCUAAUUUAUCUGAAUCAAUAAGAAUGACGAAGAGUCCGUCAGUUAAUGUUAUUGGUCGUAAUAAUUCUUGUCUGUAUGGAACAAAAUCCUGUCAAGAUGGGAAUCAGAUGUUAAAUAAUAAUAAUAAUAUUGACGACGAUAACGAUUCCAUUUCUAAAUACACAUCAAGUGAAGGUCUUGAAAUAAUUGCAUCACCGAAUUCUCGAACAAGUUAUUUAAAUGGCAAAGAGAUUCCAAUUCAACAAAAUGUUUUUAAUCGAUUGAGGCAGUCACACAGUUUUGAAUCUGGACUGAACAAUGAAGGCGGUUAUGACGACAAUGAUAAACUUCCUGCUACUUCAAGAUCUUAUAAAAGAAGUCGUCUUUUCGAUCCGAAUUCGCAUUAUGCCUCCACUGGACCAAGUGUGCACAUUUCACGUAAACCAUCUGUACUUGAAUCAUCGUUUGAAACAAUUUAUGAUCAAACAAAAAUGUGUUAUAAACUGUAA